ACUGUUUGGAAAUUCACACAUAAACAUAAAAACAUGAUAUCACAGCUUAUUCUGAUGUUUUAGAAGAGAACAGAACUGAACUGUUUAGACCAAUGAGGAUUAAGCUGUGUCGUCAUCAAGUGGUUUCUCAAAGUAGAAGUUGAUUCACUCCUCCACUUCACAACAGACCUGCAGCACCAGCUGUCCCUUCAGCUCUUCUGUCGCUGUUUACCACAUCUUCAACCUUUAUGAUCACAUUUAUGGCUUUUUGUGUUUAAAUGUAGCAUUUAGAAACUUGGGAAAUUAGGAACUGUUGUAAUUUGAAACUGUUCACCGAAAUGCCAAAAAAUAUAAAUGACAUGGUCAUGUUAAUAUUCAUCUGUUUGUGCUUAUGGAGUCUGAAUGGUGUGUUUGUUGCUGAUGCAGUGAAGUCAGAGUCAGUGACUGAGGGAGAAUCAGUCUCUCUGAACUCUAGUGUCACUCAAAUACAGACACAUGAAGACAUCGAGUGGAAGUUUGGUGACAUUCUCAUAGCUAAAGUAAACAAAAACAAAGAGAGUGUGUUUUAUAAUACUACUGCUGCUGGGAGAUUCAGAGGCAGACUGAGACUGGAUCAGACUGGAUCUCUGACCAUCAUCAACAGCAGAACCACAGACUCUGGACUUUAUACAGUCUCCAGCAGCAGAGACACGAUCAACACGAUCAAUCUCACUGUCUAUGCUCGUCUGCCUGUUCCUGUCAUCAGCAGUAACUCUUCACAAAAUUCUUCAUCAUCAUCUUCAUCAUCAUCAUCAUCAUCAUGUUCAUUGGUGUGUUCAGCUGUGAAUGUGAGUCAUGUGACUCUCUCCUGGUUCAGAGGAAACAGUGUAUUCUCCAGCAUCAGAGUGUCUGAUCUCAGCAGCCGGUCUGAUCUUCUUCUCCAUCUGGAGUGUGUGGAUGAUUCCUACAGCUGUGUGCUGAACAAUCCCAUCAGAAACCAGACUCAACACCUCAACAACACUCAACUCUGUCACACAUGUGCUGCAGGCGAAUCCUCGUUGAUCACUGGACUGAUCUCUGCUGCUGCUGCUGGAUCUCUGUUGAUUGUAGCUGCUGUCGGGAUCUUCUGGAUCUGCAGGAAGAAAACACACCAAGAGGUUCAGAGCGGUGAAGAAAUCACAUACGCUGAUCCCACAUUCUACAAACGAAGAGCACAGAAAUCGAGAGCUCAAGAGGAGGAGGAUGUGGUGUACGCAGGAGUCGUCAUGCGACACUGAUAGAAAUGUGCUUCUGUUGAAGGGCUGCCAGCUUUCUAAAACCCAAAGAUCCAACAAUGGGAAAGGACGUGGAUUACUAUAUUAGUUGUGGUUAUGUUAUUCCCCCGGUUUCACAGGCAAGGCUUAAGCUAGUCCUAGACUAAAAUGCAUGUUUGAGAUGUUUUAACUGAAAGCAACUUGCGCUGACAUUCCUUAAAAUAUGUCAGAGUCAUUGUUUUGUCUCAAGAUGCACACAUGUAAUGUUUUACUCUGGGGUACAUUUAUAAAAGCCUAAAUGUCCUAAUUGAACUAAGGCUUAAUCCUGGUUUAGGCUAAGCCCUGUCUGUGAAACCGGGCCAUAGUAUAUUAAGUACAAAAUAAGUGCACGAAAAUAGAGCACUUUGAGUACAUUAUGGAAGUGUAUAAGUGUACUAAAAUAAAGUGUAUUUUACAGCACUUUUUUUUCACCUGGGAAAGCACAGAAUUUAUAAAAGAUAUUGUUGUCAUACCUGUCCUAAAUAUUAAAUGACACAGACUGUGCAGUGUUUAGUGAUUUAUUUUUGAUUCCUCUCAAAUGUGAAAUCUUUGAAAUAUCUGUUUUUUAAUCACAAUAAAUGUGGACAAAUGUAUAUAUAAUUCAACAUUGUCUUGUUGUUGUCACGGUCUCAGUCACAUUCAGUUUGUUUUGGUUUUCAUCUGUCACAUGUGCUCCUUUGUUCCGUUUUUCCCACCACAAUCUAUCACCAUGGACAUUAACAAGAUCAUUCACAGCUGUAUGUCAUUUUAGUUCAUCAUCUGUGUAUUUAAGUUCCUGUCUUCCCUAUGUUAAUUGCCUGGUCUCGUAUGCCUUUGUGUUGUGUUGCGUUCCUGCCUGUACCUGUUGGAUUUCCUAGUAAAGACUUAUUUUGAUCUCUAUCUUCUUCAUUGUGUAUUCCUGCACGAGCAAUGCAUUACAGAAGACCGGACCCUCCAAUGGAUGAAUGGGUAAAAUUCAUCGCAGUGGCUCAGGAGAGCCUUUUUUUUUUUUUUUUUUUUACAUUGGGGUUCUCCCGUCUUGCCGUCACCAGCCAGCUGGAGGAUGAAGCCCUCAAGACCCUGUUCUGGAUCGGGGCGAACUUUCACCACCCUAACAAUCUCCCAGACACCACCGGACUGAACUGGAGGGAAGCCGUGCUGAUGUGUCUGGAGAGCAUGCGGCCCCAAUCCAGAACCCCGCCUAGCCCAGUGCCCAGCCAGAAACCCACGGACGGCGAGGAAAGACAGCACAACCCACCGCAGAUGGAGUGAAUGACUCUACCGCGAUGUUAGAGCCCGCGCUUGGAGGAGCGACCGAGCAUGACAUCACACCGGAGCCUGAGGAGAGGUCUGAGUGCUGAGGUCAGGCUGUCCCAUCCUGUGCCGAGGGAGUCGAGAGGUUGGUCAGAAGCCCCGCCCACCCGUCCGUCACUGAGAGUGAGUUUCUGGACUACAACACUGAUGCAACCCUUCAUCUGCCUACCUGUUCUAUUCUGGAUUCACCGGUCCCACCCAGCCUCCUUCUCCCACCUCCUCUUCUAAAUGUUUUGGUCAUCCCAGUCUUCCUCCCAGACCCCAGCCACGUCUGCUGUCCUGCCCGAGCUGUCCCCCAUCAGUCCCGCUGUACCACCGUCAUCUCCUCUCAGUGACAUGGUCUAGAACCGCCACUGGCUUUUCUGCAGAGUUUAGUUCCAACCAGCUCAAACACUUGCCUAGAGGUUUCUAGUGUCUGAAAUACUUGAUUAGCUGGUCCAGUUUUAAUCUGAACUGGAUUUGAACAGUGGCCCUCCAGCAACAAGUUUGGACACCCCUUGUUUAGAGACACUUUAAUGAUUUACACGCUACAGUUUAAUGCUCUUCUGAUCAAAUAAACAUUGAUAAUCAUUCUUUCACCACACCGAAACUCUCAGGAGCUAAAAGUGUCAAAAGCUGCAGUUACUUCUGCUUUUAUGCAUGUGAAUGUGUGAGAGAGAGAGAUGAAGUGUGAAAACCAGAGCAGAAACUGACCAGUGCAUGGGAAAUUUUGUUUUUAAUACUGAACAAUUACAUUUAAAUUUGCUUCUUUUAAACAUUUUUGAAGAUUAUAGAACUAUGAAAUAUGAGUGUGACAGGGUCUAAACCAUCAUCUGUGCUUGUGGUGUUCUGCCAAAAAUGUGAUGAAUCAACAUGACUCUCUCAGACAGUGAGUCUCUCAUACAGACCCUGAUGUAGCGCCUACUAGUGACUGAACAUAGAAAACAACACAUUAUUUUAUGUGUUCACAGCCUGAGACCUGUACCAUGAUGGUAGCUGAGCAAACUCAGGGUUACAGGAUUAUUUUCUUGUUGAUUAUUUUCUUGUUUGUUGGUACUAUGACGCUGAUCAUCAACUUUCAGUCAGCUCAGGCUUUGAUCCUGAGUUCAUGGAGCGUGUGCACAUGAAUGUGUGACAUCAGUAGCGAACAGCCAAUCACACGCCUUGUAACGAUUCAAAAGUCUUUUGCCAAAGAUCAAGAGAUUGAAGUAUAUGAUGAAUUUACACACAUUCACACUGAAGAAAACAAGAAAUAGAGCAAGAUAUUUUCUUUUAUUUGUCCUAACAGUGCAAGUAAAAUUGGUUAAGUUAGUUGUUAUAGUAAUAAUAUACAGACAUUCAAACAUGUAAGGUCACAUAGUCAUUUUUAAAGCGUUAUCGAUUGUUUCUACAGCUUAUUACACAUUAUCUGUAUAUAUUAAUAUUCAUUUUAAGUAAAUGCUUAAUAAUAAUUGUUAAACUAAAAUUGCUUGUGUGUAAUGGAUUAUGGGUAUAAUAAUUAUAGAAAUCAAAUAUAAAUCAUUUAAAAUAAUUAUAAGUGAUUAUCAUUAAAGCUUAGCCAGACAAUUUUAUUAAACUAAAUUUUUUUUUUUACUAUGUAGUGACCUUUACUUUCGAGCAAGAGAAACUGGGGGAGUGACUUCAUUGCAUCAGAUAUGUGUCACUUUGCUCACAUCUGAUUGGUCCAAUUUCAGUUUGAGAUCUUUAACCCAGAACAAAACUUUCAUGGUACCUAAAACCCAGAUUUGGUGCAAACUAAACUGAAACUUGCCUAGCUAACCAGCUAAACUGGCUUCAUGGUACAGGCCCCAGAUCCUAGUCUUGAUAUCAACAACUUUAUUUUCUGUCCCAGCAGGUAAAAUUGUGAUUAAAUGUUUUUAAUAUUCAUCAGAGUGAAGGUUAUGUGUAUUCAUGGAAUGGUUUCCUCCUAAUAUUUUGCUUUUAAAAUUAAAAUUCAAAAUUAAAUUAA